UUGGACGCUCCAAGUGCCCGUAACUUUCGAUCCACCCACGGCAGCAGGCUCAGAAACAACAACAGCAGUGGGUGUGCUAAGACCGCAGAACAACAACCUCGGCUGCAAAUCCCUCUUUGUGACAUUCGCCAAAGCUCCUGACCAAAUUGAUCCUCGCCAACAGUGCAGAAAGUGAAGAAAACCGCAGGGAAAACCGAAAGCCAAUUAUUAAUUGUAGGGUCAACCAUCCGCCGAGGACUGCCACCGGAAUGGGGCAGAGCAGCAAGUCUGGGUCUGGCGUAGGCGGAGGCGGAGGUGGAGGGGGCGUGGUCUGCCCCUCGACCGCGAUCAGUGGCUGUGCCUCCGGAACGGCCCUUAUUCAGCUGGAUGCCUCUCGCGGCGCAGGAGAGUCGGAGCACGAACGUGGCACUUGGACGGGUCGCUUUGACUUCCUUCUUUCACUUCUCGGAUAUUCGGUGGGCCUGGGGAACGUGUGGCGCUUUCCCUACCUGUGCUACAACAACGGAGGAGGAGCCUUCCUCAUCCCGUUCACCAUAAUGCUGGUCAUCGCUGGACUGCCGCUGAUGUUCAUGGAGCUCUCCUUCGGCCAGUACGCCGCCCUGGGUCCCGUGGCCGUGUACCGCAGGUUCUGCCCCCUCUUCCGGGGACUGGGCACCGGCAUGAUCCUGGUGUCCGCCAUUGUGAUGCUCUACUACAACCUGAUCAUCGCCUGGACCAUCUUCUACAUGUUCGCCUCCUUCGCCCCGGUUCUGCCGUGGCAGAACUGCGAGCCCGCCUGGAGCACAAAGUACUGCUUCUCGUACGCCCAGGCGGACCAGUGCGAGGCCACCAACGGCACCUACUACCUGCGCACCUGCCACAACGCCACCUCCGCGGCGGAGAACAACAUCACGGCCCUCGCCCUCGUCGCCCUGAAGCGCCCGCCCGCCGAGGAGUACUUCAACAACUUCGUGCUGGGACUCUCGAAGGGCAUCGAGGAGACGGGCAGCAUCAAGCUGUCACUGGCCGCCUGCCUCUUCCUGGCCUGGGCCAUCGUGUUCCUCUGCCUGUGCAAGGGAGUCCAGUCCUCCGGCAAGGUGGUCUACUUCACGGCCCUCUUCCCCUACGUCGUCCUGGUGAUUCUCUUCGUCCGGGGCGUCACUCUGCCGGGCGCCAGCACUGGCAUCCUCUUCUACCUGACGCCCGACUGGAAGCAGCUGGCGAACGCCCAGGUCUGGGGCGACGCCGCCGUGCAGAUAUUCUUCGCCCUCAGCCCCGCCUGGGGAGGUCUAAUCACGCUCUCGUCCUACAACAAGUUCUCCAACAACUGCUACAAGGACUCUCUGAUCGUGGCCUUCUGCAACAUAGCCACCUCGUUCUUCGCCGGCCUGGUGAUCUUCUCCAUCAUCGGCUUCCUGGCCCACGAGCUGAACGUGGACGUGGAGAAGGUGGUGGACCAGGGCGCGGGACUGGCCUUCAUUGUCUACCCGGAGGUGGUCACCCGACUGCCCAUCUCGCCGGUUUGGGCCGUUCUGUUCUUCGUGAUGCUGCUCACCCUGGGACUGGACUCCCAGUUCGCCCUGAUGGAGACGGUGACCACAGCGAUUCUGGACCGCUUCCCCAACCUCAGGCAGUACAAGAUCUGGGUGGUCCUGUCCGUCGCCAUUUUCGGCUACCUCGGUGGCCUGGGCUUUACCACCAAUAGCGGCAUGUACUGGCUGCAACUGAUGGACAAAUACGCGGCCAACUGGUCCGUUUUGCUGAUCGCCAUUUCGGAGUGCAUCCUGAUUGCCUGGAUCUACGGAUCGCAGCGCUUCCUCAACGACAUCCAGGGCAUGAUAGGCAAGCGAUCGAGGUUCUGGAACUUUUUCUGGGGCGUCAUGUGGCGCUACAUCACCCCGGCCACUCUUCUGUUCAUCCUCUUCUUCAACUGGGUGGAGUACAAGCCGGCCAAGUACGGCCACUACGUGUACCCCAUGUGGGCGGAUGCCGUGGGCUGGAUCGUGGGACUGCUGCCCGUCCUGGUCAUCUUCCUGGUGGCCUUCCAGGAGAUAUGGAAGGCGCCCAAGAACCUCAGCUUCCGGGAGCGCAUCAAGCACCUGCUGCAGCCCACCGCCGAGUGGGGACCGGCGGGAAGACCCUGCGUCAACCUGCACGCCGAGCGGUACCAGAGCCAGAACUACGACGGGGUCACCAACACCCAGAUCCUCAUCGAGGACGACGCCUCGCCCAAGCAGAAGGCGGGCAAGAAGCCCGAGCAGCUGACCCUCGACGUGGACCUGGAUGUGGAUGUGGACGUGGACGUCGAGUGCCUUCCGCUGGCGACUGUGGGCAAGCGGCCAGGUCCCGUGAAGUCAGCGAGCAAGCAGAGCAGCAGCAGCAACCUGCAGACCACUGCCAAGAACGGCGCUCACAAGUCGUCGCCCGAAGUCAGUCCCAGCAAGCAACCACUCAUUGCAGCUGAGAAGGACAAGGAAAACAAGGCCGCCACCACAAAAGUCCUGGCGGCAGGGACGCUGAGCAGCGGACGGGAGUGCACCACAAUGUCCACUUUCGCGGGUGGUGGGGAGAAGAGUCAGACAAAGGCCAAUUCCGCGACAGCAGCGACAACUGUGGCAGCCACGCCGGCCGCCAGCAACACCCAGUCACCGGCCAUUGUUGCUACUGCUACUGUGGGUGCAAACAAAGCAGUGCCAUCAGCGACAAGUGUUGCACCUGCGACAGCAACAGGUGCUGCUUCGGCGAACGGCAGAGCCUCGGCUCCAGGUGUAAAGAUGCCGUCGGCCGCAAAUGUUGCUAGUGCUGCUCCAGCUAAAGCAGCGCCAUCGAAUAAGGCGGCGCCACCCAAAACGGCAAUACCAGCCAGUGUUGCUGCCGCGGGAGUCACCAAGGCAUCGCCUUCAGUUGGUGUGGCAAGUACAACUGUGGUCACUGUCUCCACAGGAGCCACAGUUGCUGGUGGGGCAAGUGGCAAAGCAGCCAACGCUGCCAGUGCUGCAGCUCAGGUCAAAGUAUUGCAGUUGGAUAAGACGACUCCACUCAAAACGACAAUAUCAUCAGCUGUUGGAGUUUCAGCUGCAGCCAAGUCGAAGGCCAGCUUGACUGCCACAAAGGACCCAACAAAUACCACUGUUGCCCAAGUAAAAUUAGCACAAGCAGUGAAAACCACACCAGCAGCAACUGUUGCUGCUCCUGUUGCUGCUCCUGCGGCAACUAUUGCUGCUGCGCUGCCAGCGAAGCCAUCGGGCUCGGUGCCGAAAGCAAGUAUUGACUCUGGCUCCAAGCCAGCGGCUCCCUCACCAGCUCAUAAGUCGGAGGGCAAGCCAGCAGCAAGCGCUGUGACGACAGCAGCAAAGGCUAAUAUUGGCGGGCCGGGUGGAAAAGUCAACCCGAGUGCAGCAGAACCGGCAUCUGCUGUAAAUACCACAACAAUUGCACAGCCAGCUGCUCUCCAAAAGCAGACGACAGCAGCAACAUCAAAGCCGCAAGCGGCAACUGCAAUAGCUACAUCCUCCAAAACUGCCUCAAAUGCCAAGCCAAUUGCCACUGCAGCGGAAAGCGGUAAGCCUGCCGCUUCGGUCGAUCUGUCCGGCAACAGGGCAUCGGAUCAUCCAUCGGCAGCAAGUGGCGCGACCACCAGCAACAUGUCAGCAAAGUCUGCGAGAGCUGGGAAAACAAAGUCGGGUGAAACUAGCCCCACAAAGUCCCCAGUAAAACCCGUAAGGCCCGGCCAAACCAGCCCCACCAAAGCAGCGACAUCGGCGGCCGGAGCGGUGAAGACAGGAGCGAUCGCCAAGCCAGGAGCAGGAGCAACUUCGGGUGCAGCAGGAAGCGGCAAGAAGGCAGCAACGUCUGGCAGCCAGGCCAAAACGAAAGGCAAUGCAUCGGCGGCAACUAAGAAAUAAUAAGCCCUAGGAAUUCCAGGUAGGAUCUGUUGGGGUCAAAGAAGAAGGUUGAACGCGUGGUUCCCAAUAUCGAAAGCUAUUUUUAUAAGUAUAUAUAAAUGUGUAUGUGUAUGUACCUAACGAGCUAAGCACCCACUUAAACUGUAAACUGUAAACUGUAAAUGUAAAAUGUAAAGAGUUGAACUAGGCGACUAUGUAACCGGUCACAAGCUAAAAUCAAAUAUUUUAUAGCUGUUUAAUUUUGAUUGGCCAGGCGAGAAUGGAAGAACGAACCUUCAUGUUUCCUAUGCGAAAGUACCUAUUUAUCAGUCAUCACGGUGGGAUUGCUGUUCCUUAGUACCUAAUUUCAAGUCGAUGGUGAUGAUGGCAGGCAGGACGACGGCGGAAAGACUCGAAUGUAAUUACCAAACAAGUUAACGUAGAAUUUAGGUCAGGACUCCUGGUGUUUAUUUAGUUUUGUGUAUAUCCCCUUGGACCCCGUCAGAGGGCCUCAAGUAAUUCGAGAGCAAUGUUAAAAGUGCAAUGGAAAACGUUGAGUUUUAAAAUAUAUAAAUUUAUAUACAAAUAUACACGGUUACAACUAAUCAAUUUUUACAAAUGAGAAAUCGUUCGAUUGGUUUUUUACGGUAAAUAUUCUUAAGACUACUUUGGAGGGACAGAACAUUGGCAGCGGAGUUGGUUUUUCCGUUUUGUAAGUGCGUACAUUUGUUAAUAGAACCGUAUACAUCACCUGGAAUACGCAAACACAAACCUUUUUCUGCAGUGUAAAAAGUAUCUAUGUGCUCACUCUGCUCUAUGCUUUCUGUGCUGACGAGAGACUCAUGUACCUAAAUGUUAAUCUAGUUGCAUCAAAUCCCUAUUUGUGUGCAUUUCUAUAGUUAAGGCAAAAUAUUUAGAAAUGUUUUAUGUGUGGAGUAGAAGGAAGCUAAGCCGAAUAGGAACAAAUGCUCACUAAAAUCAGAAAAAACAAUAACUACAAGUAAAUUUCUAGAAUUUAUAUAACCAUUGUUGUGUAUUCAUGUUGAAAAACAAAUUAUAUAAAAUAUGGAAAUAUACAAGUAUAGGAGCCGAUAUAAUAUUCGUAAAUAUUUAUAUGUGUUUGUACCUGUAGUUAGUUGGAUGAAUUAAUAUGCCACUUGUUCAGAAACGAUUUAAUCUGAAGAAACGCAUACUCUUAUUUCUGUUUGAGUUUUAUUUAAUUUUUGCAUUUUUAUCACGUAAAAAUCGAAAAACAAAAACACUUUUAAUAAAGCCCCUGAAAAUGUGUGAUAAAUAAUUUGCUCCGGCUCAAAGUAAUUUUCAAUUUGUGUCAAACAUACUUUAGAUUUAAGUGGAAUAAUUGGAAACAGGAAUAUAUAUUAAUAUGCUAGUUAAAAUUGUUGUAAUUUGAGUUUGUUGUUGUUAAUUGUUUAGCGCAGUAGCUGUGACACAAGCCAACAUCCAUACAUAUGUACCUAUAGGCUAGACUCUAAAGCCAAAAACCCUAAAUCAGACAUAUAACGAUAUACAUAUGGGUAUUUGGAGUAAUGAACUAGGCCAUCAAUGUUGCAUGUUUGUUAGUUGAACUGGAUGUGUACCUGUAAAAUAGAAACGGAAAAUAAAUCAAAGCGGAGUUAUCAAAUAAAUUUAGAUAAGGAAAUAUGUAAUGGCUGUUUAAAAGGUAAAAGUAUAAAUAAUAAUACGGGCAUUUUCACACGAAUGCUAAUGUAUUGCCGCAAUUUGCUCAAAAAUAAAAUAAGUCGCAAGUAAAUUUACGGAAACAUAAACUGUCAAUUCGGACAAGAUAUUUUAAUUUUACAAAAUAACGUAUUACUCAAUUGGCAUGUAAAAUAGUUACAUAAGAAGAGUUUACUUUAAAAAUUCAACAAAGGAGCUUCAAAUUUUAUAUGUAACUUUGGGAUGAGUCUUAAGAAUUCAAAAUAUUUAAUGAAACUGCAAAAAAUAGGCAAGAAUUCAAAUAAUAGCCAUUCAUAUCCCUGUAAGCCGAAAUAAUCCUGCAAUUAACACAUCAGAUCAAUGUGCACAUUAAAAUCAAAGAUCGAGAUAUUCAUGAUCAAGGUCAAAUUCGUAUAAAUAACGAGCCAGAUAUUUUUAAGCAGAAAAUCUUUUUAGUGUUUUCAUUUUAAGCAAAUGUUGCAACCGUACAUAAACGAAUUCAGAGAGUAUGGUAAAUGUUAAAAUUUUUCUCCGAAGAGCAUGUUUAGUUAAUGCUAACCAUCAACACGACUCCUUUGAUUUUUAGUCUUAAUUCUCAACCACAAGAUCUUUGCCGAGAGUUAUACAUAUAAUCAGGAAAGCUACAUAUUUUCAGACGUAAUUAAAAGGAUGCACAGUAACUUACCGUACUGAUUAAAAACCAAAAAAUUUCAGCCCAUUCGUUUAAUUGAAACUGCACACCACAAACAAGGGGCUUGCAAAAUAUCUUAUUAAAUAGAUGUAUAACCUUUUUGCUGUUCUGGUAAUCAAAAAUGUAUGUUAUGUAUAUCAAAAUAAAAGUGUAAGCAAAUAUUACACAUAUUCCACAGAUGCCAAAAACUACAUAAGAAAUCAUUGAUAUUUAUGUUAAAACUUAACGAUAAGCGAAAGAAAACAAUAUUCCUGAAUAAAUAUUUAUUGGUUUUAAC